AUGCAUGGACUGCAAAAACGGACCCUUCCACUCCGGAUACUUCCUCGUCCGACGUCGUCCCCUCUACAGAACCUACCAAAUCGGCCGCUGGUUUAUGGCCAAAGAAUCGUCGCCUUCCACCAAGUCUCAAGCAAACUGCAACCAGUCGUCGACGCGGCCAAUAGCACUAAGAUAACGAACGAUGAACAUCUAGCGGAAUACAUCCCAGCCAAAACUGGGAUCCUGUCAAUUGUCCCGAAAACAUGGGUUCCCUACGGCGAACUCAUCCGUAUUGACAAACCUGCUGGCACCUACUAUCUGUUUUUCCCAUGCCUUUUUUCUACGCUACUGGCGGCGCCAAUGGCAGAGCCUAUUGCUUCAUUUGCCUCAGUAGCUACCACCGCAGCCCUGUUCUUUAGUGGGGCCUUGAUUAUGCGUGGUGCUGGCUGCACCAUCAAUGAUCUCUGGGAUAGAAAUCUUGAUCCGCAUGUUAGGAGGACUCGAUUGCGGCCGAUUGCACGUGGUGCAAUUACCCCAUUCAAAGGAAUUGUAUUCACUGGCUUUCAGUUACUUGCAGGGCUGGGCAUUCUGGUUCAAUUCCCCUUGCCAUGCCUCGCCUAUGGCAUACCAAGUCUCGCCCUCGUCCUUACAUAUCCGUUGGCAAAACGAGUUACCUAUUAUCCUCAGGCCGUCCUUGGCUUGGCCUUUUCUUGGGGAGCAAUAAUGGGAUUCCCUGCACUUGGCAUCGAUUUGCUUUCAAAUUCCUCCGCACUCACAGCUGCAGCAUGCCUUUAUGCUUCGAAUAUUGCGUGGGUUGUCCUAUAUGACAUGAUUUAUGCCCAUAUGGAUAUCAAAGAUGAUGCAAAUGCUGGUAUUAAAAGCAUCGCCCUGAAACAUGAACAUCAGACCAAGCAAGUCUUAACCGGGCUUGCCAUUACACAAGUGGCCUUGUUAGGCGCAGCCGGAAUGGCAGCCGGGGCAGGUCCCAUCUUCUUCCUUGGGAGCUGUGGUGGAGCUCUCGUUACUCUGGGAAUCAUGAUCAGGCGGGUGAAUCUCAAGAGCGUCAAGAACUGCUGGUGGUGGUUUGUCAACGGCUGCUGGAUAACAGGUGGGGUUGUCAGCAUCGGUAUGGCAGCUGACUAUAUCGCCAGGUCUCUCGAAGGGACUGAAUCGAAAUCUACGUCAGAGGUAAGAGAAUUAGGCGCCUAA